AUGGACAAUGAGUCAGAAAUUAACUUUGAUGAUAUUUAAGAUGAUGAUGGAUUGUUAGAUAAUCAAUAAAAUGAGGCUUAAUAAGAUGAAUAGAAAAAAAAUUUAGAAAAUGAAUAGAAUAAAUAAGAUUAACAAUAAGAAAAUCAAAAAAAUUUAAUGAAAGAAGAAGAAUAUGAAUAAUUUAGUUAAGAAGAUGAAGAAGAUUUAGUUAAAUAGAAUGAUAAUAAAAAUUAAAAAAAAAACAAUGGAUGUUUUGAUGAUGAUGAUGAUGAUGAUGAUAUUCAAAAUAUUUAUUAAAACAAAAAUGAAAAAAAAGAGGAAUAAUAAAAUAAACUUGAAGAAGAAAAUCAAUUAUUAAAAGAUGAAUAAGUUGAAAAUUUAACUCCUCUUAAAGAAUAGGAUUAGGAUUAGAAUCAGGUAUAAAAUGAAAUUAAUCAUAAUAAAUCUUUUGAUGAAAGUAAUAAAAGUUAACAAUAAUAAGAGACAGACUCUUAAUUAUAAUUGGAUAAUUAAUCAUAAUUACAUUAAUAAGACUCAGAAAUAAAAAAUCAAUAAGAUUAAAAUUAAUUUAAUGAAGAAGUUACAUCUUAAAAAGAAGAUAAUACAUCUUAAAUAGAAGAUAACACAUCUUAAAAAGAAAAUACUACAUAAAUUUAUUAUGAAGAAGAAAAUUAAUCAAAGUCAACUGAAAAUUACAAAGAAGAUUAAAAUUAAUAUGAAGAAACCAAGAAACCAAUUGUUGAAAAAAAAAAAUAAAAUAAAAAAUCUAAGUAAGAAAUUUAAAAAGAAAAAUAAGAAAAAGAAACAUAAUAAAAAUACGAACUCAAAAAGUAAUUAGAAAAUGAUCUGAAAGAAUUUGAAUAAUAAAUUCAAGAAAAAAAAAUUGAAGAAGAAACAAAAAAAAUUGAAGAUAAAAAAAAAAGAUAAGAGAUGUAUUUAUUGUAAAGAAAAGUACAAUACAACUCUUUAUAAAUAAUAAAUAAAGUUUAAAUUUUAUAACCCUAUUUACCUUAAGUAAAAGCCAAUUAUAGAAAAAGAGUUUAAAUUAGCGAAGAUAUAUAAAUGAAUAAGAAAGCAUAAGAAUUAGUGCAAAAAUAUAAUACUGAAAGAUAUGGAUCAUUAGAAUAGUUUGAAUUAAACUUUCAAAAGUCAAUUAAUGAAAAAAGUACUUUGUUUUAAACAAAAAAUUCAAAUUCAAUAAAAGAAGUAUAGAAAUUAGAAAAAAAUUCAAGUAGAAACUCAUAGGAUCCGAUUAAAUUAAAUAUUUUGUAAUCAAGUUUAUAAAAUAAAAAGAAAUGA